AUGAGAAACAUUGGCGCACAGUAUUUAUUGGAGAUCCCAGCAGCUUGUUUUAUCUUCGCCAAAGGCUCAAAGGGGAGAACGAGAGUUCUUCAAAAGUUGGCGCAUUUACAUGGAAUGUAUAACUGUCGACAUGCAGUUGGAAAUCAAACCUCGGAGUUGAGUUUACGUAGGUUUAUUGCUACUACCAGUACAUUGGCACAUGAUGAUAUUAAUUCCAAACGGGAGUGGAUAAAGUCAGGCCCCUCGUUAUCCAAUUUCUUGAACGACACAUCAUCAUCACAAUCACACGAUGAUGUUGAUUUGACAACAGAAGAUAAUUAUUUAGGGGCUCAUUUGUUUCAAGGACAUAGUAAAAGAGUUUACAUUGAGACAUAUGGGUGUCAGAUGAAUGUUAAUGAUACAGAAAUUGCCUGGAGUAUUUUACUGCAGAAUGGCUUUGAAAAAGCUGUUGGCACACAAGAGGCAGAUGUGGUAUUGCUGAUGACCUGUUCUAUACGGGAAGGUGCAGAAGGCAAGAUUUGGGAGCGGGUGCAUCAGCUGGCCAGUAUCAAGAAACGACGAGGCAGAAGGCAGCCACUGAAGAUUGGGAUUCUUGGUUGUAUGGCAGAGCGUCUGAAGCAUAAAAUUGUUGAGAAAGAGAAGACGGUGGAUAUUGUAUGUGGACCGGAUGCUUACAGAGAUCUUCCACGUCUUCUAGCAGUUGCUUCUGCCACAGCUGAAGCUGCAGUCAAUGUCCAGUUGUCUGUGGAAGAGACUUAUGCAGAUGUGGUACCUGUCAGAAUAAACCCUGAUAGUCCUUCAGCAUUUGUGUCAAUCAUGCGAGGCUGUGACAACAUGUGCACAUACUGUAUUGUUCCAUUUACUCGUGGGAGAGAGAGAAGUCGACCCAUGUCCUCCAUCGUAGAGGAGAUUAAGUCACUUUCUGAACAGGGAGUGAAAGAUGUCACACUUCUGGGUCAGAAUGUCAACAGUUACAGAGAUUUAUCUUCUCAAGACAGUCUUGAAGAGGACAGAAACUCCUCAUCUCAACUCAGUGCAGGUUUCAGCACCGUUUAUAAACCAAAGACUGGUGGUCACAGGUUUGCCAGGCUGCUGGAGGAAGUAGCUCAGGUGGACCCGGAGAUGAGGAUUAGGUUCACAUCACCACACCCAAAAGAUUUUCCUGACCAGGUCCUGGAAGUUAUCCUCAACCACCCAAACAUCUGCAAGCAUAUCCACCUGCCAGCACAGAGCGGCAACUCAGAGGUUCUGGCAGCCAUGGGUAGAGGUUACACCAGGGAGACAUAUCUGCAGCUGGUUGAGCAUGUCAGAGAGAUCAUGCCAGGGGUUGCACUGUCCAGCGACUUCAUUGCUGGCUUUUGUGGAGAGACUGAACCAGCUCACCAGGAUACUCUCUCUCUGAUGGAUACUGUCAAGUACAACUUUGUUUACUGUUUUCCUUACAGUAUGAGACAGAAAACUCGAGCUUUUCAUCGCUUGAUAGAUAAUGUGCCAGUUGAUGUAAAGUUGAGACGGAACGAAGAACUCCAUGUUACUUUUCGGAAGCAUGCGGAGGCCUUGCAUCUAGCUCAGGUUGGAGAGAUCCACUUAGUGCUAGUGGAAGGGGAAAGCAAGAGAUCAGCAGAAGACCUUGCAGGAAGAAAUGAUGCCAACACUAAAGUUGUGUUUCACCAUAGGCCACUCAAGUAUGGACCAGAACUGCUUGGAGAAGAAAGUCGUGUCCAGCCAGGGGAUUAUGUUGCUGUAGAGAUAACUUCAAGUACAUCCCAAGUUUUAAAAGGGCGAUCACUCUACAGAACAACUCUGCAGGACUUCUUUCACACAGGAAAUAUUUCAUACAAGGGCAGUAAUCUGACAGCCUGUUUAUAA